AUGCCUAUGCAGUGGACUGCAGAUGCAGAUGCAAAGGUGAGAAGUGAAAUCACUCCAACGACCGAGAACAAAGUCCAUGCAGGUUCUGACGCCUCGCCGCAGCUGUUCGCCGCGUUCAUCCGCGUGCACGAAGUCAAGCCUGUCAAUCUUCAGGCCCUAGCCGACGCGAUGGGCAACGGGUGCACUCCCAAGGCCAUUUCUCACAGGCUGGCGUUCAUCAAGAAGAAAGGGGUGGCCGCUGACUCCGAACAAGACGCCAGUCCGUCGAAACCAAACAAUCGCGCACGUGUAAACACCGUCCGAACGCCAAAGACGCCGAGGUCUGGCACAAAAAGCGGUGGCAAGAACGCAUACGGUAAGCACACUUAUUCUGAGUCUGAGGAUGAAGACACGAGUCACCGCUCUGGAACAGGGAGCGAUAGCAAAGAAAUAAAGCACCAUGACCAUAGCGAGAGUCAAGAUAAAGCCAACACACCUGUGGACUGUCGCUCUGGAUUUCUCAGUUUGGAUCCCCCCAAGUUGCGGCAAGAUGCGAGGAGUAGCGGGACACCUGAUCGCUGCUACAAGAAAGUGAAGAUUGAGGACGAUACGGAAUGCUGA